GGUUUUACAUCCACCAGGGAGCAGGCGCUAGGCUCACUACUGCUUCUUCUUGGGCCUUGCUUUAGGUCGUCGUCUGCUUCUGGCAACCCUUACAAGAGCGUAGAUUGUAAGGUACUGCAGGCUGUUCCUCUACGUCGUCUUCUGGAGUCAAAAUUGACUCUGUGUGGUUCUGAGGUGAUGAUUGGUUCGCUGGGGAUGGUGCCUUCUUACACUGUGAAGCAUGUAUCCACGCUGCGAUGCCAGAUAGUUUAACAGCCGUCUGGGUAGUAAGCAGUACCUGAUGAGGACCCUUCCACUGGGGCUCCAAGCUCCCACAGAUAACUCCCUGAAGGCGACGCCUUUGCUGGCUAAGACAAUCCUUGAGGAUAAGCAGGGGGCAAUCGUCAUCCCAACGCCCGAAGUGGGGCAGGACUCUGGAGUCAUGACCCCAUCUGACCCCAACUUGGAUUUGAGAGAUGGAGACCAAGAUGCAGAGGUGGAAAACACAUCUAGCGCAGCCACCACAGGGUCUGGAGGCUCCAGUUCCGGCAGCACGAUCACAACCGCUUCAGCCACCACAGGGUCUGGAGGCUCCAGUUCCAGCAGCACGAGCACAACCGCUUCAGGCUCCAAGAGGCCUAUUACCCACAGAGAGCCCGGGAGCUCGGCCAGAUCAGGAGCCGGCCAAAGCCAAGAGGAAAUCUUCACUUACGAUUACCACUCCCUGCGCAAGUGGGGCCUGAUAGCCGCCGCCAUUCUCUUCGUCCUGGGCAUCCUCAUCCUCACCUGUGGUAAAUACGGGAAGCUCCCCGGAUGUGGGGGCCGGAAGCGAAGGAGCGCCUAUGAUAUCUCACGGCUCUGAGGCACCCCCUGCUGGGGGAUCCGUUUGGGGAUCGGACACUGCUUGGAGGGGCCGGCUCAGAGCCCCACAACGAUGCUGCAUACCUGGGGGCUGAGGCAGAACCAGCAGCACAGACCCGAGGGCUGCCAAGUGUCCCCCGCUCCCCCCUCUGUGAUCCGCCUGUCAGCAGCACCCCAGCUCUGAUCACCCCGGCUUGGCCCCUCUAGCCCCCGGCUGACUCCCCAGCCUGUCCCCCAGGCCUGGAUCCUCCAUCCCUCUCCUUUCCCCCUCCCAGCCUUGUCCCCCCAUCCCUGUCCCCUCCCCCUUCCUGGCCUGGAUUCCCCAUCCUUGUCCCCCCCUUCACGCCUUGUCCCCCCUAAAUCCAAGUCCCCAGCCUGCACCUGGCCUGUCUUCCCCAUCCCUGUCCACCCUCCCCGUCUCUGAGCGCCGGUCGCCCCUGUGUUGUAUUUUGAUGACAUUAAACGACUCCCCCUGGGGAAGCAAAGUAUCUGUGAGCCUCUCACACAA